ACGUUGCGUCAGUAAAGUGUGAAUGUGUCAAAGGGUGAAAAAUAGGGAUGUAUGAAAGCUAACGUUUAAAAUAUUUAUCUUCUGUCUGAUAUAAAAAGCUGUAAUCAUGGUGAAAGAACAAUUCAGAGAAUCUCACCUUUCUAUGAAAAUAAGUAAAAUCAGUUUUGGUAUUCAGAGUGCUGUUGAUGUUCGGCAACAGGCUCAUAUCAACUGUGUUAACAUAAAUUUAUAUGAAGCCAACAGCCAUGACCCGACGCCUUAUGGAGUCCUGGAUUCUAAAAUGGGAACAAGUAAUAAGAGCCAAAAGUGUACUACUUGUGGGAAACCAGUUGCAGAUUGUAUAGGGCACUAUGGCUAUGUUGAUUUGAAUCUUCCUGUUUUUCAUGUUGGUUAUUUCAGAGCAAUCAUUACAAUUCUACAAACAAUAUGCAAAACAUGUUCUCGAGUUCUUCUGCAUGGUCCUGAGCGUAAGAAAUUUAGUGAUAUUUUAAAGCGACCCAAUGUCAGCUAUCUCGAGAAAAAAGCCUUACGGAAAAAGAUCACGGACUUGUGUGUGAAGAAAUCAGUUUGUCCUCAUUGUGAUGCAAUUAAUGGACAAGUGAAAAAAGCAGGAUGCUUGAAAAUUGUUCAUGACAAGUACAAAAAAGAAAAGAAAGGUGACCCUGUACUUCUGGAGUACUUGGAGGAAUUCUCUGAAGCUAUCAAGAACAAUAAAGAGCUAGAAAGUUGUAAAAAUAAAAUGACUCAGAUUAUAUUGGAUCCCCUCAUUACCUUGAAUCUUUUCAAAAGAAUUCCAGAUGAGGAUGUGCCUCUUUUAUUAAUGAAUCCAUUGGUUGGUAGACCAGAACACUUGCUGUGGUCAAAUAUUCCUGUGCCACCAUUAUGCAUCCGCCCAUCUGUCAUAUCUGAAGUGAAAUCUGGAACAAAUGAAGAUGACAUGACAACAAAAUUAACAGGCAUCAUCCAACUAAAUCAAGAAAUACAGACACAUGGUGCUACAGCACCCUUAAAGCAUGUUAUGCGAGUAUGGGACAACUUGCAGACUCACAUUGGACUUUAUGUAAACAGUGACUUAUCUGGAGUCAACAUGGAAAUGCAAUUAUUAAAGACCACUGGCAGAGGUAUUGUUCAAAGACUCAAAGGCAAACAUGGUCGUUUCAGGGGAAAUCUGUCUGGGAAGAGGGUUGAAUUCACUGGUAGAACUGUCAUAUCUCCCGACCCAAAUCUUCCCAUCGAUCGUGUCGGUAUUCCUGUUCAUAUUGCCAAAAUUCUAACCUUUCCUGAAAUGGUAACCUCUCAUAAUAAGAAAAAACUGAAAGAACUUGUAAUCAAUGGUGGCUAUAAACAUCCUGGUGCUAACUUUUAUAUUGAACGUAACACUAAGAUGAAAAGUGACUUGAACUAUGCCAACAGACGUCGAAUUGCUGAUACACUCAAGAUUGGUGAUAUUGUGGAACGCCAUAUGUUAGAUGGAGAUGUUGUGUUAUUUAACAGACAGCCUUCUCUGCAUAAACUCAGCAUAAUGGCCCAUAAAGCCAAAAUUGUACCAACACGUACUUUUCGUUUCAAUGAAUGUGUGUGCACUCCUUACAAUGCAGAUUUUGAUGGAGAUGAAAUGAACAUUCAUCUGCCACAGACUGAAGAAGCAAGAGCUGAAGCUUUGGUGCUGAUGGGGGUUCAGUCAAAUUUAGUCACUCCACGAAAUGGAGACCCUCUAGUAGCAGCCAUUCAAGACUUCAUUACAGGUGCUUUUCUAUUGACGCAAAAGGAUACAUUUUUUACAAAAGCAGAAGCCCAGCAGAUGAUUUCUAGUAUAUUGUCCAAUGAAGACCUGUUAAUGCGAAUUGAUUUACCUCCUCCAGCCAUGAUGAAACCAUAUGUACUUUGGACUGGCAAACAGAUAUUCAGCCUGAUUCUAAAGCCAAACAAAAAAUGCAAUGUGCUCAUAAAUCUCAGAAAGGCUGCAAAAGGAAAAUCUAAAUCUCCAUACAUUGGGAAAGAAGAACUCUGUCCUAAUGAUACUUUUGUCAAUAUCAGAAACAGUGAGCUACUCGCCGGCACCAUGAACAAAUCAACUCUGGGUUCCGGAUCGAAAACAACGAUUUUUUAUAUCCUUCUUCGAGAUUAUGGGAAGAGUUAUGCUGCAAAUGCUAUGCUUCGUCUUGCCAGACUCGCUUCUUACUAUCUUGCCAACAGAGGAUUUUCAAUUGGCAUUGGAGAUGUCACCCCGGGAGCUGGUUUGCUGAGGGAAAAAGAAAAACUUCUUCGCAAUGGAUAUUCUAAAUGUGAAGAGUACAUACAGAGCCUGGCAAAAGGAGCACUUGAGACUUUGCCUGGAUGCAAUGAAGAAGAAACAUUGGAGAACAAAAUUAUGUCAGAAUUGUCCGCCAUCAGAGAGCAUGCUGGACAAGUCUGCCACAGAGAGCUGCAUAAAACAAAUAGCCCUUUAAUCAUGGCGCAAUGUGGAUCCAAAGGAUCAAACAUUAACAUAAGUCAAAUGGUGGCCUGUGUAGGACAACAGGCAAUAAGUGGACACAGAGUUCCUGAUGGCUUCGACCAAAGAUCAUUGCCGCAUUUUAAAAGGAAUAGUAAGACUCCAGAAGCUAAAGGUUUUGUACAAAAUAGUUUUUACUCUGGUUUGACUCCUACAGAAUUUAUUUUCCAUACUAUGGCUGGUCGUGAGGGUUUGGUUGAUACUGCUGUAAAAACUGCUGAAACCGGUUAUAUGCAAAGGCGAUUAAUCAAAUCUCUAGAAGAUUUGUGUCUACAUUAUGAUUUGAGCGUACGCAAUUCUGUGGGAGAAGUUGUGCAAUUUGUCUAUGGUGGGGAUGGAUUGGAUCCCUGUUCCAUGGAAGGAGUCAAUAAGUUCCAAGCAGUCAAAAGAAGGACUAAUGAGUAUUGUAUGAAAAAGGAUGAUGACGAUCCUGACGAUCCAGUUCUUUUUGAGAGAGCUUUGCACCAUAUUCAAGCUAAGUAUCCUUUUUCUGAUGAGAAACCUCUGGAAGAUAUUGAACUCAUUACACUGAGUAAGGAAAUAAUUGACAAUGAGAUGGAAGAUUCUCAUUCUAACUACAAAAGACAGCUUAGGAAAUUCUGCAUGGAACAGAGUGAAAGAAUAAGGGAUGCAAGGUUGCGAUACAAAAUUGAUUCACUGGAAAAAGUUCCACCUGUGCUUUAUCAGUUAGAAAGAGUGACGAAAUCUCAGUUGAUUGAAUUCUUAAAUUUUUGCAAAGAAAAAUAUAUGAAGGCAAUGAUUGAGCCUGGUACUGCCGUAGGCGCAAUUUGUGCACAAAGCAUCGGUGAACCUGCAACACAAAUGACUCUGAAAACUUUCCAUUUUGCAGGUGUUGCUUCCAUGAAUAUUACUCAGGGUGUUCCUCGAAUUGGAGAAAUCAUUAAUGCAACAAAGAACAUUAGCACACCUGUUAUUACUGCUUUGCUGGAUGUUAAUGAUGAUCUGGAGUUUGCCAGGAGAGUGAAAGGGAGAAUUGAGAAAACUUUAUUAGGCGAGGUGUCUGAUUAUUUCGAAGAAGUAUUCCUUCCUGAUAAUAAUUUCAUUCUUGUAAAAUUAAACUUAAAAAGAAUUUCUUUGCUACAGUUAGAGGUGACUGCUGAAUCAAUCAUGUAUUCAAUCUGUUCAUCAAGCAUUGCUGAAAUCAGGGGCAUCAAACCUCAUAACAUCUGUGUCCAUUCUGAUGACAUCCUGACAGUCAGGCCUUUCAUUAGCUCCCGUGGCACCUGUUAUUAUGUUUUGCAGCAGCUGAAAGAGAAACUACCUCAAGUAGUUAUAAAGGGCUAUCCUGGUAUAUCUAGAGCUUUAAUUCAUUUACGUGGUGAUAAAUAUGAGCUUCAAAUUGAAGGAGAUGGCUUGGGUGCUGUUAUGGCAACAAGAGGUGUAAGAGGAUGUUCCACUACUUCAAAUAAUACAAUGGAAGUGGAGAAAUAUCUUGGAAUUGAAGCAGCUAAGUCUACUAUCAUUAGUGAAACACAGACAACCAUGAAGCAUCAUUCCAUUGAGAUUGACAGAAGACAUUUGACUCUGCUGGCAGAUCUAAUGACUUUCAAAGGUGAAGUCCAUGGGAUAACAAGGUAUGGUUUGGCCAAAAUGAAAGAAAGUGCGCUAAUGCUUGCUUCGUUUGAAAAAACAGCUGACCACCUAUUUGAUGCAGCCUAUUAUGGCCAAGAGGAUGCCAUAACUGGAGUGAGUGAAAGUAUUAUUUUGGGAAUCCCAAUGUCCCUUGGUACCGGCUUCUUCAAACUCCUUCACAAAUAUCCUUUACAAAUUUAUUACUUAUAGUUCUCGUUUGCUGUG